AUGGAGAUUGUUGAUACGAACAUCUUGCCAGUUGGCGAGAAGAUAGAGCGGCCCCUUCAUCUUAGGAGGAUGCGUACUUGGAGACCGCAUUCAAGACCCUAUCCAGAAGUGAUAGUACCCCCAGCGCCACUUUCUCCAGAACUUUCACCUUCUCCUGUAUUGCCUUCAAGACCCUGCCCUGAGGUGAUGGAUCCAUCGCCUUCUAGUGCCGAUGCUGCUAUUGAUGAAUCACAACUUUCCCCAGCUCUUGCACCUUCACCUGAUCUGUUUGUGGAAUGUGGUGGUAGUUCAAUCAGCAGCACACCAUCUAGGAAGCCGGUACAUCGUAUUCGUCCUCGUCAGACUUUCCAAGAUGAUGAUAUUAGUUUUCAUUUAAAUUAUGGAAGCGAACCGGAGUCUAACGAAAGCGACGAUGAUGAGGGAGUGCUACCGGCGUUUUUACCGAGGAAGUUCCGGUUGAUGAUGGACACGGCAGAAACUGAUGAUUAUCCCAUCAAUUUUGAACGGCCUACCGUCACCUUGGCAGGGAACCCUAUAGACGCUGCCACCUCAGCUGAGAAUAAUCUGCUAGGCACUGUCCACCAGCCUAGCAGAUUAUUAGAUUUUCAAUGGAAAUCGCCUUCAAGACCCUGCCCUGAGGUGAUGGAUCCAUCGCCUUCUAGUGCCGAUGCUGCUAUUGAUGAAUCACAACUUUCCCCAGCUCUUGCACCUUCACCUGAUCUGUUUGUGGAAUGUGGUGGUAGUUCAAUCAGCAGCACACCAUCUAGGAAGCCGGUACAUCGUAUUCGUCCUCGUCAGACUUUCCAAGACGAUGAUAUUAGUUUUCAUUUAAAUUAUGGUUAG